AUGAGCGUGGCCAAGGAGCCCGUCAGGCCGCCCCUGCCCGGCGCGCCGGACUGGGAGGGCGAGCACCCUGCGCAGCCCGCGGCGGGCUGGUCUGAGCUGCUGCAGGACUGCUGGUCUGAGUCCCCCCUGGCGCGCCCCAGCUUCAGCGCCAUCGUGGCGCGGUUGGAGGAGAUGGCCCGGUCCAUCAAGAUAGCCAAGCGCCGCACCGCCGGCGCGUGA